ACGCCCUCUGGGACAUGGAGUAACCUAUUACUGGUGAAACACAGAAUAAACUUUCUGUGCCAGGCGAUGUACAAAGGUUCGAAUUGAUCUCCAUAUUCGUCAACAACAUAAAAAUGAAUAAACUCAGUAGUUACCUUUAUAUUGUAGGGCUAUUUGUGAUACUGCAUUUUACUGCCAUGUUAAAAUCUCAGACACUCAAACAAACAAAAAAACCUGUUAUUCAUAAUAAACCCUUUAUUUUUGUCUGGAAUGCACCUACAGAACAGUGCAGACUAAGGUACCAAGUUGAUUUGGAUCUCAGCGUCUUUGACAUUUUUGCUAACACCAAUGAAACCUUGAGUGGAUCAAAUGUCACAAUAUUCUAUCACACACACUUGGGACAUUAUCCCUAUUUCACCGAUGAUGGACAACCUGUUAAUGGUGGAGUACCACAAAGUGAGAACCUGAAAUUUCAUCUACAGAAAGCAAAACUGGAUAUAAACAAGCUGGUACCAAACAUGAAUUUUCAGGGGCUUGGGGUUAUCGACUGGGAGAACUGGAGACCACAAUGGGAUAGGAACUGGGGAAAUAAAACCAUUUACAGAAAUGCAUCCAUAGAACUGGUUAAGAAUCACCAUCCUGACUGGAAAAUUGAUAUGAUAAUGAAAGAAGCCAAAGCAGAGUUUGAGGAAGCCGGCAAAGGUUUUAUGAGUGAAACUGUUCAACUUGCACAAGACAUGAGGCCCGGUGGGCUGUGGGGAUACUAUUUAUUUCCUGAUUGUUACAACUAUGACUAUAAAAUACAGCCUCAUUCUUAUACAGGCAGAUGCCCAGUUAUUGAAUUAAUGCGUAAUGACUUUCUAGUCUGGCUGUGGAAAAGUAGCAAUGCUCUGUAUCCUUCAAUAUAUUUGGAUUACAUUUUGAAAUCAAGUCCAAAUGCUCUUAAAUUUGUUCAUCAUCGUGUAAAAGAAGCAAUGAGAGUUGCAUCCAUGGCAAGAAAAGACUAUAGUUUACCAGUUUUUGUGUAUGCCAGACCAUUUUAUGCAUAUACAUUUCAUUGUUUGACUGAGAUUGAUCUAGUUCACACCAUUGGAGAAACUGCUGCUCUAGGGGCAGCAGGAAUUGUGCUGUGGGGAGGAAUGCAGUACGCAAGUACUAAGGAAAGUUGUACUGUUGUCAAGAAAUACAUUAGUGGGCCUUUGGGUCAUUACAUUGUGAAUGUGACCUCAGCUGCUAAGCUUUGCAGUAAGGUAUUAUGCAAAAAGAAUGGGAGGUGUGUUAGGAAGAACGCAGACUCCUCAGCUUACUUACAUUUAAAUCCUAAUAGUUAUAAAAUACGAAAACAUAGUUCUGGUAGUGGACAUUAUGCAUCUGGGAAGCCUUUGAGAAAAGACAAAGAGCAUAUGAAGCAUAACUUUGUGUGUCAGUGCUAUGAAGGUUGGACUGGAAUGUCAUGUGAACUCCCAGAACCUGAGGAAGGCAAACAAAAAGAAAUGCAUUUAAAUAAUGGGGCAGGAAACAGUCUUUUCAUGUAUACUGUGUUUUAUGUUACUUUUCAGUUUUGUAUUUUAGUCAUCUGAUAUGCUUUGGUUUUUUUCCAUGCUUUAAAGUUCACAAAUCAGGAGGGCAGUCUAGUCAUAGCUAAAAUGUUAAUAACACUUGGUAGAAUUAUAAUAUAAUAUGCGCUGCAGUAUAAAACAUAUUUUCCUAACAUGGUAUAAUUUUUUUGGUGGGAGUUUUGGAUUACUUUUUAUGGAAUCAUCAUAGU